UACAGUUUGCCUUUAUCAGACCAUACACCAGAUGACUGCUUCAGGCACAAUGCAGCUCAACAGAGCUUUUGCAUUCCUUUGCUUGGUGAUUUCAGUGGGUGCGCAGAGGAAUCAUAGACUGACCUGUUAUCUGGAUGUUUUAACACACCGCACACGUGAGGGUCCAUGCACUCAUAUCAUUCUCCCCUCGAUCUCCAGUGAGGAAGACCUUUACCGUCAAAGCUUGUCGGAAGAUGACCGCAUUAUUCUUAGAAAGAUGAAGGAGAGAAAUCCAACUUUGAAGAUUUUGCUUGGAUUGGAAGUCAGAUCAUCAAGGUUGGAGCUGAUGUCUGCUAAUGAGGGCAGUGUUGAGAAUUUCACUCAAACGGUAUUGACAUUCUUGAAGGACAAGAGUUUAGACGGUCUAGACGUGAUUUGGCCGGACGGCCUCACUUCUGACGCAUCUACCAGAAGCAAAGAGCUGUUCUCAAAUUUCCUGAAGAGUCUAAAAGGCACUUUUGAUGAAGAAACGGACCCUCUACUUUUGUCAGUGUCUGUACUAGAGCCCAGUGACAACAGUGCGGUCAGUUAUGAUGAACGAACACUUUCACAGUAUGUGGACUUCAUCUCCAUUCUGCCUGCUCAUCUUGAAAAUGAUGGACUAUACAUUAACAAAUCAGUCCAACACUGGCAGGAUCAGCAAGUUGACUUGCAAAAGCUCAAUCUAGUCAUGCCUGGUUUUCUCCGGAGGUCACGUCGAAGGCAUCAUCAUAGACAUCAUUCCACGCAUGAUGACAUGAAUUCAGAGGAAGGAAAGAAGGAUCACAUCCAUGUUUUGGGCUUAUACAUGGGUGGUCAGGUGUGUCAGGUCAUUAAAAGUGGAGAAGAGCAGUUUAUUACUUUAACAGUUCUUUCAGAUGAGCAUAGUCUUGUUAAGGAGGUGCUCCGGGAAGGCUUCGGUGGCAUAGGGGUUGUCUUCAUAGAUCUAGACGUCUUCGUUAACUCCAUAUGUGUAAACAUUAAUCAAGAUGAAAGGAGAAUUGUUGAAUCAAAAGUGAUUAUGCAUUCACAUCAUGGGCGUGAUGAUCAUCAUCACAGAAGGGACCAUCACCUCAGCCACCACCAUCAUCGCUCUUCCCAUCUUCCUCAUGGCAGCCAUGAUACUGGUCACCAUCACCACAGACAUCAUCCCCACAGACAUGGACAUCAUCAUCAUCGCCAUCACCAUCACCAUCACCAUCACCCCCAUCCAAUAACUCCUCAAAGCAACAUGACCCGGGAAGAACAGCAGGGCGUGGAGUGAACUUGCAUAGGAUGUAAGUUAAUGAAAUCCAUGCAAAUGUGGUGUUUUAAGAUUGGCAAGUUUAAGUAAGUUUUAAUAAUCAAAUAUAUGUAUUAUAUAAUACGUAUAUGAUAUUAAUAAUACAAAAUUUAAAUAUUACUUUUUACACAUUACAAGUUCAAGUUUGAGGCAAAAUAAUCAAACUUUAUAUAUAAAUCACACAAAAUGUACCAUUUAAAUAUUACUUCUUCCGCAUUAUAGUGAUGAGCUUUUUUUUGCAUUGUAGUUAUGCCAAUGACAUUGCAAUAUAGUAAUGUAAAAGUUUUUUUUUGCAUUACUGUAAUG